GGCUUGGGGCUUCUCUGAGUGUGAGGGCAUUUAGCCCCUAAGGGGCAUCACAGUGGGUCCACACUUCAGUGAGAAUUGAGAAGUCUCCUGCGAUCUCUGCUGACAUGCCUGAUGGGGCUGAGAGCAGGUUUCUAAGCCUGAGCUGUCUGUAGCUGCAAACACCCUCCAGGUGCUGGAGUGCUAGAGAUCUGUCUGAGGCCAAGAACCCCGCUGAGGCUUCCUUCCCCCAUAGGUGACAGGCUCCAGCUGCUCCUCAUAGCCCUUCCCCCAGGACCUGCACUCCCCAUGCUCCAAAGCUUCCAGCACCCAGUGGGAGUAGCUUGGGCAGGGCUUUGAGGGCUCUUCCCCAGGCCUGCCCCCCUGUUGCUGCCUCCCAUCUGCCCUGUGAGCUGCUUAUCUGGUAACCAGAGCCCACAGCUGCGUCCACGCCUGAAACGGGAAGCCCGGCCGGGCCUGCGUACAAGCCGUCACUGAGAACCGGGCCUGAGGAUGGAGGAGCAGCAGGCGCUGCUGGCCUCCAGGGACGGGGAUGUGGCCACCUUGGAACGACUGUUCGAGGCUGGUGCUCUGAGCCCUGGCGUCACUGAUGCCCUGGGGGCUGGCCUGGUACACCAUGCCUCCCGGGCUGGCCACCUGGACUGUGUCAAGUUCCUGGUGCAGCGGGCCAAGCUGCCCGGCAAUCAGCGGGCCCACAACGGGGCCACGCCAGUGCACGACGCAGCGGCCACUGGCAACUUGGCAGAGCUGUGUUGGCUGGUCCAUAAUGGGGGCUGUGGGCUGCAGGACCAAGAUGCCUCGGGUGUCUCCCCGCUGCACCUGGCGGCCCGCUUUGGACACCCGGUGCUGGUGGAGUGGCUGCUGCGUGAGGGCCACUUGGCCACACUGGAGACGCUGGAGGGGGCCUUGCCACUGCACCACGCUGCUGUCAGCGGGGACCUGACCUGUCUGAAACUCCUGGCUGCUGCCCACAGCAGUGGUGUGAACCAGCGGACACGCAGCGGUGCCUCCCCACUCUACCUGGCCUGCCAAGAGGGCCACCUGCACCUGGCACAGUUUCUGGUGAAGGACUGUGGUGCUGACGUGCGCCUGCGUGCCCUGGACGGCAUGAGUGCACUGCAUGCUGCAGCUGCCCGUGGCCACUACUCGCUGGUCGUCUGGCUGGUCACGUUCACAGACAUCGGCCUAACAGCACGAGAUAACGAGGGGGCUACAGCCCUGCACUUUGCGGCUCGGGGUGGCCACACGCCUAUUCUAGACCGGCUCCUGCUCAUGGGUGCCCCCAUCAUGAGAGACUCCUGGGGCGGGACCCCCCUGCACGACGCAGCUGAGAAUGGGCACAUGGAGUGCUGCCAGACCCUGCUCUCCCACCACGUGGACCCCUUCCUUCGAGAUGAAGAUGGGUUCACAGCGAUGGACCUGGCAGAGUACCAUGGACACCAAGAUUGCACCCAGUACCUGCGGGAAAUGGCCCGGCCGGUGCCGGUCCUGAUGACACCUCCACCCCCACCAUUCCCACCCCCUCCACUGUCAGCUGCGAGGCUCUCCCUGGAGGAUGGAAGAAGAGGGGGCUCAGAACAUGGGAGCCCUCCACCCAUGACUCUCAGCCCAGCAUGCCCUGGCCAGCCUGUCUCGAGGGAGCAGACAACCUACACGGAUCCCCCAAGGGUCACCACCAGUGUCCCAGUGGCCCUUAAGGGGCGGGAGAUGGAGGCAGGGGAUGCCCCUGAUGGCCUGGCCACUCUGCAGCUGGAUGGGCUACCCUCAGGAGACCUCGACGGGCUGGUGCCCACCCAGGACGAGCAUGGCCGGCCAAUCCCCGAGUGGAAGCGCCAGGUGAUGGUGCGGAAGCUUCAGGCACGCCUGGGGGCAGACCGCCCUCCAGAGGACCAGGACCACGGCGGGAGCUCAGGCCGGGUCCCCGAAGAGCAGGCGACCUGGCGGUACUCACAGACCCACCAGGCCAUCCUGGGACCCUUCGGGGAGCUGCUGACCGAGGACGACCUAGUCUACCUGGAGAAGCAGAUCAACGACCUGCAGCUCCGGCGCCGCUGCCAGGAGUACGAGAGCGAGCUGGGCCGGCUGGCUGCGCAGCUACAGGCCCUGCUCCCGGAACCCCUGGUCAGCAUCACCGUCAACAGCCACUUCUUGCCCCGGGGUCCCGGCCUGCAGGACGAGGAGGCCCAGACGCCCGAACUCGAGGGCCCCGCGGAGGCCGGGAAGGUGGAGGCGAGCGCGCAGCCCCUGCCCUUCUGGUGCAGCCACAUCGGCCGCCUGGUGCGCAGCAUGUCCCUGCUGCUGAAGGGCAUGAACGGGCUGGCUCAGGGGGAGGAGAAGCCGGCCCCCCGCGGUCUCCAGGACCCAGGCAGGGAGGCUCCGGCCGGGCUGCCUCGCAGCGAGGCGCAGCGCGAGAUCCGGGAGAGCGGGGUGUCGGUGCGGACGCUGCGGGGCAACUUCGAGGCCGCCCCGGGCCUGCCCUGCGCCCCGACCCCGGGCCCCUGCGAUGGGGGCGCGCGCCCCGGGCCGCCGCCCGGCGAGGGCCCCCGGCUCGGCCACCCGUGGCAGCAGCGCGGCAUCGUCGCUCACCUGCUGGGCAGCUGGAAGGCCGUCCUGGCGCACGUGCCGGCCCGGCAGCUGCGAAGGCUGAGCCGCAGGGCGCGCGGGCCGCUGUCCCCGGAGCAGUUCCUGCCGCACGUGGACGGGGCGCCCGUACCCUACGGCAGCCUCUCCCUGGACCUCUUCAUGCUCGGCUACUUCCAGCUCCUGGAGUGCGACCUGCCGACCGAGGAGCGCAAGAUGCGCCACCUGCUGUGCUUCGAGGUCUUCGAGCACCUGGGUGCCCACGGCUGGGAGGCCGUACGCGCCUUCCACAAGGCGGUGACCGACGAGGUGGCCGCGGGCCGCCGGGCCUGGACCGACGGCUUCGAGGACAUCAAAGCACGCUUCUUCGGCUGCAGCCAGGGCCCUGCCUGGAACGGCGAGCCGGGCCGCAAGUCAGGCCUGACCCCGCUAGGGCCGCUGCCCCUCGCCGCCCUCCCCGGCAGUGGCCCAGACCCCCAGCCUCCAGCCCGCAGGUUGGGGUCCCGCCCCCAGCGGGGCAGCUUCAACAGCGAGGACAUCUGCGGCUACAUCGACCGCAGCUUCGCCUUCUGGAAGGAAAAAGAGGCAGAGAUGUUUAACUUUGGAGAGUAACGGGCAGAAUGGUGCUCUGGAGGAGGUUUGGGGGCUCUUUUCUUUACUGGUUCUGCUCCCACUGGGCCAGGUGGACUGGGCACGGUGGCCGCUGGCUCCCUUCUGCCUCCGCUUCUCUGAGCUGCGGCUUGGCACCAGAAUCAUUCCCACUUGUGAACACAGCCCUAGGGCCGGCAGGUGGCCAGUUAGGGCCAUCACAGCCUGGGGUACUCUACCAGUCUUUGUUCCCAGCAGUCAUCUGGUAUCCCACCCCCCAUUUCCUGGUGUAGGUGGUCUCAGCCACACCUACAGCCUCCUUUGUUCCCUUCCUUUGGGCCUCAGCCCUGGACUUCAGGCUCUUCCACUGCUUGUGUUCCACAUCAAGAGCUGAGUUUAGAGAGACCAGUGAUUGGCAAGAGGACUUGCAUCAGCAGAGACCCCUAACCGGUUUACCAGGUCAGGCAGGUGGUCUGACCCUGAUUUUCCUGCUAGUCCUUCACAACAGCUCUCAUGCCUGCCACCCCUCUCCCCCAACACUCCUGUUCCUCCAGGGGAGACUUCCAGUAAUGCCCUUAUCUUCCAGCUGACCGUCCACUCCCAGACCCAGAGCUGGAGACAGUGGCCAGGACACAGGAGGCCAUAAAGCAGGGACACCAAGAACACCCACCAAGAGCUGAGGAGUCCUCUGAGCACAGAGGCUGGCACCCUCUGAAGAUUAGCUGAAUUGCUGGGCCUGGAGAGGGCGCACAGCAAGGGUGGGGCACAGCAGGGGUGUCGUGGGAAGUGGGUUCAGAUCUUACAGUGGCCACCAGCUCAACUCCUUGGGGCAAAGGCAAGCACAAAGCUACAGGCCACCUCCAGGGGUCUCCUGUAGGGUCUUCACUUCAACACUGGGAGGCAGUGAGCCUUAACCCUGGGUUCUUAGAUGGCUAUAAAAGGGCUGUUGUCUGGAGCAGGGCCUGAACACACAACUGGGGGUCCCACGGGAGGGGACCUUCCACGAGAUGCAACGUUGACGUGGGUGACGAGCAUAGGUGCUAGCAGAGCCACAAAGGAAGUAUCACAAGGCCUGGCUCCAAGUUGCCUCCAGCCCUGGACAAUGCUGGGACCUGUUCUGGGAGGACCUGUUCUGGGGACACCAGUGUGUCACCUCCCACACCCUUGACUUCAUCCUCUGCCAGAGACCCACACCUGGAGCUGA